GUCAAACGGUGAUCUUCUUCUCAUUGUUAUCAUUAUCAUCGGAUAAGCCAUGAGAUUUCGCUUAUUUUUGCCAUCUUUUCUUGUCGUUUUCACUUUUGCCGGUGUGGUUGAUCGUCGGAAAACCGGCAACGACGCGGAUGAUUUGAAAUUCGCUUUUGGUACUAUUGAGCAUGGACAGAAUUAUGGUGCAAGACCGUUUUUGCAGAUUCCAGUCGACGGUGAAAAGCUAACAGUACCCAAGGCGUUCUAUCACUAUUCGGAAAAUGAAAUGUCUGCCGGUGGAAGUUUCGGUCUUCCAGACGAGACCCGCCUGUUAGAUACUGACGGAAAAUUUGUGAAUAAUCGAAAAGAAAUCAACGGAAUUUAUUUGCCACUGCCAAAUAUGGAACCAAUUAAUCUACACUUUGUGAAUCAAAAAGUUUUCGAAAAAGGAAUCGACACGAGAGCACACGAAGAAUCACCGGAAAGUGUGCUCCACAGAGCUAAAAUGAUUUGCUUAACCGGCAGCGAGUUCGAAUGUGAGCGACAACUUCUAAAAUAUCAUCGAGCCAAGAGUGAAGCCUUGCGAAGAGAUCGAAUGCCACUUCAUGAGCAAUUAAUGGAGCUUGGCCAACUCUCCUCAUCUGCAAAAAUCCAUGAUAAAGAAGGAAAUGGAAUGGGUGUAGUGGUGGGAAUGCCUGGCUAUGAUCCUUUGUACAUCGGAGCCAACCUAGGUCAUGACAAUGAUCAGCACUUGAAUAUUCGCUUUUCUCCACCGGCUUAAGAUGUUUGCGGCGGUUUUUGACGGGUUUCAACAGUCACGUUGUACAGUAAUGUUAAUAUAACUAUUAAUAAUUCAUAAUUGAGAUACAUUAUAAUAAUGAUUGAUAAAAUGCCAAAAAAAACCUUCAUUCAAAUCACAUUAAAAUAAUAAUAAAUAAAACCCAUAAAACCUU